UCUCAAGUAUAAGGCACAGCCUCCAGCACAAAACAUCUACUCAGCGUAAUAGGCAGAGAUUGGAAGGUGGAGGGGCCAGAGAGAAAGAGAGAUAGUGAAUGAGAGUGAAACAGCAAAAGUGAGAGACAGCAAGAGAGACAGACAGAGAGAAAAGGACAAGUAGCAAUAGCAAGUAAGGUUUUCUAAUGGAUUCUGAGAGACGUUUGGUCACUAAAUGACUUUUAAAGUAACAUAGUUUUUUGUUUCUUAAAAUUGUUUUAUUAGUUGCAGAUUGAUUAUGAGUGCGGUAAAUGUUUUACUUUAGUAAAUGGGUCUUAUUUUUAUGCUAAUAUUCUUGCGGAGUGGAUUAUUAUCCGACAUUAAGUGGACGAGAUGAAAGCUAUCUGGAGUCUCUUCUUUCUUCCUACUGUCUGUCUGCAGAUGUCCCAAGUGUCUUCCAGCAGCCGGCCAGCCCAUGCACAUGCCGAAGAAAGACUCCUCCAGAUUUUAUUCAGUAACUACAAUAAGCUCUCUCGUCCUGUAGCAAACAUCUCAGAUGUGGUUCUGGUCCACUUUGGCCUGUCCAUUGCUCAGCUCAUUGAUGUGGAUGAGAAGAAUCAGAUGAUGACCACAAACGUCUGGGUGAAACAGGAGUGGAACGAUUACAAGCUGCGCUGGAACCCGGAGGACUAUGAGAAUGUCACCUCCAUCAGGAUUCCCUCGGAGAUCAUCUGGAGGCCGGAUAUUGUGCUCUAUAACAAUGCAGAUGGUGACUUCGCCGUGACUCACUUGACUAAAGCCCAGGUGUUUUACAAUGGCAGGAUCAAAUGGAAGCCGCCUGCCAUUUACAAGAGCUCCUGCAGCAUUGAUGUCACCUUCUUUCCCUUUGACCAGCAAAACUGCAAGAUGAAAUUCGGUUCUUGGACGUACGACCGGGCCAAAAUCGACUUAGUGAGCAUGGCCAGUGACGUGGAUCAGAUGGACUACUGGGAGAGCGGAGAGUGGGUCAUCAUAAAUGCUGUGGGCAAAUACAACAUUAAGAAAUACGAAUGCUGUACGGAAAUCUAUCCGGAUAUCACCUACUACUUCAUCAUUAGACGUCUUCCUCUAUUCUACACCAUCAAUUUGAUCAUUCCCUGCUUGCUGAUCUCCUGCCUCACAGUGCUGGUCUUCUAUCUACCGUCCGAGUGUGCGGAGAAGAUCACGUUGUGCAUCUCCGUCCUCCUCUCUCUUACCGUUUUCCUCCUGCUUAUCACCGAAAUCAUACCAUCAACCUCGCUGGUCAUACCGCUCAUCGGUGAGUACCUCCUCUUCACCAUGAUAUUCGUCACUCUUUCCAUCAUCAUCACUGUGUUCGUACUCAACGUGCAUCACCGUUCCCCUCGGACGCACAGAAUGCCGUACUGGGUCCGCCAGCUUUUCCUUCACCUGGUUCCACGUUACCUCUUCAUGAAGCGUCCGCCUGCGUCAGGUAAGAGAAACUGCGGGAAACUGAUUGAGAUGAUGCACAAACCAAUACAGCCACAGUCUACGUUUCUACGGACCACGCCGCUGGACACGCCAUCGCAAAGUCCUCUCCCUCAAGUAGGCGUGGCCUCCCAAAGGGACUCCUCCCCCAAAGCCAUGUUUAUUGGCAAUUCUCCCAGCAGCCAGUAUUCCAUCCUGCAAGAAGAAACCAAACAAACAUCUCUGGCGCCUGUUCCCGGUUACACAUGUACAUACACAAACAGCUUGUUUGCCUCUAGCACUUCAUCAUUUCAAGAAACUGCACUUGGUACUCUGCUACACACCAUCCCACAAGAAGGAAUUGAGCAUACAGACUGUGAUAUUCAAGGUCACAGCACUGAGAGCGUCUUCAUGGACGCCAAAGAGAGUUUUCUGGGGGCGGGGAGUUGUCAACACCAUGUUGCAACCGAGAGGACGAGUAUGAAAGUUGAUCAGGAUGACACAGGGGUGUGUCUGAGAUAUAACUUCACCAACAACAGUGAUGAGGCUAAAGCUUGUAAUUCAGUUAAACUAGUUAAUAAUCUGUCAGAUUCGCUGAUGAAAGCCCUGGAAGGAGUUCAAUACAUUGCUGACCAUCUCAGAGCAGAAGAUGCAGACUUUUCAGUCAAGGAAGACUGGAAAUAUGUUGCCAUGGUGAUUGAUCGAAUAUUCCUCUGGAUGUUUGUGCUGGUGUGCAUUCUGGGGACCGUCGGACUUUUCCUCCCACCGUGGAUGGCUGGAAUGAUCUAGAUUAUCAUGUGGAGUCUCAGAUUGACUCAGAGUGGUGGAUGAGUUGACCUUGAAGAGGCGAGGUCACAGGUUGAGUUAAAUCAGUGCUUCAGGACCGGCUGUCAGACUAAGAACCAAUGCUGUCCUAUUUAAGAGCAUCACAUCACCAGUCAUACACCUGCAGCUCUGAUAUUGGAUUUCAGCCUCCAGACCAGAAUGAAACCUGUCAGAUAACUGGAUAAGGUCACCACUCUGACACAUGUACUAUUUAUUAUCUCUUUAUCUGUUGGUACAUCUUUAUAAAUGAAUUUAUGGGGAACAAAUAAAUAUUUUAUUGGCGCGAUAACAAAUAUCUUCAUGUUGCACUCCUGUAAAUGAUUUAAAUUCAAAUAAAUUAUUCA